AUGGGAUUAUCCACAAUUAGACUGCGCCAAUUCAAUGGCAUAAUAUUGAUAUUAGUGUUGCUUGGAGCAGCAUGCAUCCAUGCUCAAGACGAUGACCCUUCCACAACAACCAAAUCAUCUACAUCAGAGGAUGAUGAUGGCGAGGGCUGUCCACCACCAUUCGUCGCCAACAUGGGAGAGACCGACGCCAUCGACCCAAUGACCGACGUGCCAGGCAAGCUGUCCUACGACGCUUGUGACCUCAAGUCCUCCCUAAUGUCAUACGGCACCGAUGGUGAGGACACUGUGCUGACUCUAUCAAUUGACUCUUGUAAGACAUCAGAGUGCAGGACCAAGUACGCGUGCUCUGAGGCUCAUGUCGGCAAGACUGGUUUCCCAUUCGGCAACUUCUCCUGCACGAUCAAGGCGUCCAGUGUACCAGGCACAGUCACCACUUGCUACGCCACCGAUGGCCACAUGAAUGGCGAGAGUUCAAUGUAUUUCAUAGUUGACGGCUCCAAUGAGACCCAUCCAGUGCGCUUCGGUGUCAAGUCCAAGGGCAAGAUCGUUUCGGAGACUGUCAAGGCCAUCCCAGGCCUCGACACUGUGACCCGUUACAACACCUUCAAGAUCGCGUGGGGCGUGAGCCGUGUUGACUUCUACGUCAACAAUGCCACGAUCGGUACACAGGCAAACUAUAUCCACUCCAACACCGAGGUCUCAUGGUUGGACCUGCCCAAGGUCGGCUACUACAUCUCGCAUCACAUUGACAGCCAGCGUCUGCUUGGUCCAGUCCCCGAGCUGCCAUCUGUCUCAUACAUCAAGGCUAUCACGGUCACGCCAGACGUUGAGUACUGUGACAGCGUGUCGUCGGAGGACAGAUGGCAUUGGGGUGCCAGCCCACCUCUGCAGUACUUCACCUCCAACUGCACCAACUGGCGUCCAGAGUGGAUCUACAACGACUCGAUUCAAGAGCCAUGGAGAGACGAGUCUCUGUCCUUCCACAACAAUCAAUCAUCCGACAUGACUCAUCGUGGAAAGUACGCCUUCCAGUUCGACUUGAAGCCCAACACUCAGAUCUACUUCAAGAACAAGACACCAUUCCUCAGAAACAAGUACAAGUUCCUUUCGUUCUGGAUCAAUGGUGCCGCAUUCGCCGGCCAGCAACUCCAAGUGUGGGCCACAUCCAAUCGUACCAAGGUCGGCUCGGUCAGUUUGAAUGACUAUAUCCGCGGAGGCAUGCAGAUGAACACAUGGUACCACGUCCAUAUCCCACUCAGAAAGUUCCAGGUCAACCCGCCAUCGAUCAAGACAUUUGACGGCUUCCUCUUCACCGAGGUGGUCAAGGAGUACACCGGUAUCAUCUACUUGGACGACAUCCAGCUAAACAACGGAUCGGUCUGCAUGCACGACCUCCAGAGCAUCUAUAAGAAGGGCAAGUUGUCCGACUCGGUGGCAUCAUACUCCUACGGAUCGAUCGACCUAAAGAACACUGAGGUCCGCUUCCAGGAGGGCCAGACCCUGUCCUGGGUCGUCCACCCAUCGUCCAAGGUGGUGCUCAAGUUCAAGAAUGAUACGGGCAACGAUGACUCGUAUGAUGGUAUCGUUCUGGCACUCUACUAUGCGCCAAAUUCCCGUUUCCAGUAUCCAAACGGUGACCAAGGUGAUGCCCCACCACGCCAACUGCAGGCCAACAUCGCCCUGACUGUCGAGGGCACUGGACCAGUCCAACCACUCGGUCUGGCAGAGUAUGUUGGUGGUGAAUUCCCCGUCAACCAAUGGAUGACCCUGUUGAUCCCCUUGUAUGACUUUGGUAUCUGGGAAGGUGCCAAGAUCGAUGGUAUGAGGUUUGGCUCAGACAUCAACGAGAUCCAAGGCACAUUCUAUAUUGGACGUGUUGACAAGGCCAAGUGGGUGGACGCCCCUCACGAUGAAGACUCUGCAUCAACUCGCCUUACCGCCACCAGCCCACUCCUUAUGCUACUUGGCACAUUGAUCAUGGUAACACUACAGCUAUUGAUCUAA